AUGCCGCGUCGGCACGUGAUUCCCAAGUGUUUGACGGGAAACUCGAACGUCCAGCAACGAAGACCUGCCCAAGACGUGUCCAGCAGCGUCAUCGAUCCAGCAACGUCAUCGAUGACUUUUUCAGACUUAAACGGUCACGCCUCAGACAGCAUUCUCGCAUACAGUUGCCAGUAUCCGCAUCUUGAUACUAGCACACGCACCUUUUCAUCAGUAUACGAGAGCACUGACAACUGUCGUGAAACAAGAAAUUGGAUUGAUUGGGGACAUCUACGAAACCAGCGAGGGGAAAAGUGCCACCACGAAGUGUCAGACAAAGCCACUGCAAACCAGUCUGCAAACUGUGAAACAAACGUUGGCUUUCUGCAAUUCAUCCAUUCAGCCUCAAUGCCUCGUCGCCCUCGACUUAGUCCCUUGCGUCGCUCUGGUUGUGCAACUUGUAAAUAUCGUCACAGGAAAUGUGACGAGCAGAAGCCGCGAUGCGGAAACGGUCAUAGACUCGGAUUAGAAUGCAAGCAGUCUGAGUUGUUUAGAGUCUCAAAGCUCCCGCGCUAUGACAUUGACAUAUUUUCGUACUUUAACUGCUCCCUGGACGCGGCCUCUCCUGAAGUCCCUGCAGGUCGUGAUACACAUGAGGAUCACGGCCUCUUGGAUAACGAGGAGGAGGAUAACAACAUAGGUAUUGUGGGCACGGCUCCGAAAAGUACGCCGUCGAUGAGUUGCAUUGGUUUCUCACCAUCACAGGGCGUACCACUCACAUGGGAGCAGCCGCAAGCAUCUUCAAUGGAACAUUAUCUGCUACAUCAUUACAUUUUCAAUAUGUCCACAGUCCUCUUCAACGUCGACAGUCCUUCAAAUCCUCUCAGAAGCGUUCUUUUACCUCGCGCAGUCACUUCGCAGACAUUGAUGAACGCACUCUAUGCCGCUUCAGCAUUGCAUGUCUUUGUGGGAAAACGCGACUCCGAGUUCCAAACACAGUCUUUGACCUAUUACAAUAAAGCAGCUUCUGCCCUCCACCAUCUGAUCAUCUCUGGUGGCUCAAAUGGGCGAUUCCACUUGCAAGGUAUCCAGAAAAUGUUUGAUAUUAGGUUUUUCCAAGACAAUAUAGCUAAAUUGGCACCAGAGACCGUGGCAUACGUACAAAGCUUCAUUGCAUAUCACACGCACAUUGCAGGUCUCACGAGGUUGGAGAAGCUGUCUUCCCCUACGACAAUUGACACUGAGCAAGAAUUUGAACCUGAUAUGGAAUCACUCAAUAUUAAGAUCGACCCGUACAUGGGUGUAUCUGCCAGCUUCAUUUCACUGCUACAUGUGGCAGCUGCAACGAUUACGGUAGAUCCCACGAAGCCGACCAACCUAGACAUCAUGAUGAAAAGUGUGAUCAAAUUAUACCACAGACUCCAGUCCGAUCAGGUGAAAAAACCCGUAUCUUUGAGUCCGUCUGAGGAGCUCGCUAUGGAAAGGAUCGAUUGUCUCGAUCACAUUGCCAACGUGUACCGAAAUGCUUUCGGAUUAUUUUUAAUAUUCUUGCAUUUGGCUCGCUUAUAGUUAUAUCUCUGUGAAAAUCGUAAUGUUACUUCUAGAUGCUGGUUAAUAAAUC